AUGAUUGCACAAAGUGAACAUUUUCAAUGGAUUUCAAAUACAAAUAUUAUUAAAAAUCUGACUAUCGAAUCAGUGGAAACAUUGAAAGAACUGGAAUUUAUUAUACAAUUAUGUCCUCGAUUACGAUAUCUCCCGAUUGAUAAAGUUAACGAAAAUUUUAUACCAAUUUUAAUAUUUUUAUUAUCGAAAAAUAAUCAUUAUUUAAAUUCAUUUUGUCUCAAAUAA